AUGGAAAAUUCUGUUGCUCACAGUCCCACCCUUUUCAAGCUUAUCGAUUUUGAUACCAUUUGCACAGAAAAAGAAUUUUCUCUCCCUUCCGAAAUUCUGACUCCCCAGGUGAUAGCCGAAAGAUCAAGAACAAGCUCCAGAUUUCCCGCGCGUCAAUCAAGGCCAAAUAGGCCAUAUUCGUAUGACCUUGGCGAAAGUUCUUCUGCAUCAACGUUGACACCGCAUAAGGCGAUUAAAAGAUCGUAUACAGCUCGAAAGAGAAAAAAUAGUCGCCAAUUAGAUGAAGACGAAAUCCGCGCACUUCCAGAGCAGCCAAAAUAUGAAAAAUACAAUGCUCGUGCGUUUAGUGAGAAUCCUUUCAUGAAACAAACUACCCCAUCGACUCUUGUUAAAGGAACUUAUAAACUGAAUGCUGAAAAAAUAGAGCGAUCGUUUCUACAAUUCUGUUUCAGUCAACAUGUAAAUGCUUUAAUUCAAGCUGCUGAAUGGCUUGAGAAUAAUGAUUGCGACUCAAACCUUUUGAGUGAAAAUUCUUCACAAGACGAUUGA